UCAAGAGGGAGCCCGAGGAUGAGUCAACCAAGUCAUCUCCUUCCUUUCUACCGAUCAACGUUCUUAUCGACAACUGACUCACAGAUGGACGUUGACACCCCAUUAUCGACCCUCUCAUACCCUCUCAUUGCUGGCUAUCGCAUUGGCGAGCAGAUUGGCGGAGGAGGCUUCUCCAGAGUGUUCCGCGCGAUCGACGAUGCCAAGGGGCGCGUCGCGGCGUGCAAGGUCGUCAAUCUCGACGGGCAAGAUGGGUUCGCACCUUCGCGCAAGGACCUGCAGAAGGAGGUGCAGGUGCACAAGUCGCUCAAAAGCUCCAACAUUCUAGAGUUCCUGCACUACGAGCUUCUCGAGAGCGGCAAGACACAGUAUGUGCCAGGGUUGUACAUGCUGCUCGAACUGGCGGUUGGUGGCGACCUCUUUGACAAGAUUGCGCCUGAUGUUGGCGUCCCGGAGGAUCUCGCCAAGUUCUACUUUGCCCAACUGCACGCGGCCGUCGCUUUUAUUCACAGCAAGGGGGUUGCGCACCGCGAUCUCAAGCCAGAAAACCUCCUCCUCGCCGCCAACGGCAACCUGAAGCUGUCCGACUUCGGCCUGUGCGCGGUGUACAAGUAUAAGGGAAAGAAGCGGCUGCUGAGCGGUCGCUGUGGGAGUUUGCCAUACGUCGCACCAGAGCUGGGUGGGCAAGGUGGCUACGAGGCUGAACCGGUAGACGUGUGGGGCAUGGGUAUUGUGCUCGUCACCAUGCUAGUCGGCAACACACCGUGGGACGAGCCAUCCGAAACAACCAGCCCCGAGUAUCGGGCAUAUCUCGCAGGACAGCUGUGGGAGUAUGAGCCUUGGAACAAGAUAUGCGGAGCAGCGCGCGACCUCGUGAAGAAACUUCUCGCAGUGGACCCAUCCUGCCGGAUUCAUCUCGACGACAUCCCUUCACAUACGUGGUGCUUGACGCCGUCUCAGCUCACACGCGAGCAGCUCCCUGAGGCGCUCACGCAGGGUCUUCGCAGCACUGGGAUGAUGGCCGUCGCCGAUCCAACGUUUAAGGACGCAUCUUAUGCCGUACACCGUUCACAGCGCGUCUUCGGCGACUCGCAGUGGGGGUCGCAGUGGAACCAACAGGAGAGUCAAUUCAUGCGCGGCACAGGCAACCUCACACAAGGCGGCGACUACGAUGCGACAACAACUCGAUUCUGGCUCAACCUCUCGCCUGGGGACGCAUACAAAGUCGUGCUGUCGUACCUGGCCACCCAGCUGCCUGAAGAGGGCAUUGCAGCCCGCGGCACCUACAUUAGGGUUUCUAAGGCUGCUGGCAGCCGCAGUGUUCGUGGUACACUGCUAUUCCAGGAGAGCGACACUCACGCGGCAAGUGGGCAGACUCUAGUCUCCAUGCGCCGUGAGAAGGGUUCGAUACUCCACUGGCGCGCAUUCUGGUGGACAGUCGUGCGUGCGCCUCAGCUAGAAUGUCACAUUGUAAGAGGAGACUCGUAAUUGCACUUGGCGCUUGAGACGCCCAGCAUGUAUGCUUUGCCACCCAUACGUCCAGGCGCGCCAGACAUGCAAAUGCAGCGUUCCUCCAACCUGUACACGUCAAAGCGCAAGAGCGGGAGGAGGUUCAAGUCAAGA